AUGCCCUGUUCUUUCUUGCUUUCAGAAUCUCCAUUCAACAGCAAGGUCAUGGCAGAAACCAUUGAUCUAACAGGGGAUGGAGGCGUUCUUAAGACGGUGGUCAGAAAAGCAAAAGAUGAUGCUAUAAGCCCAUCUGACAGCCUUCCAUUGGUUGAUGUUCAUUAUGAAGGGACACUUGCUGAAAAUGGCGAAGUUUUUGACACCACACAUGAAGACAAUUCUAUUUUUACAUUUGAAGUUGGCCAGGGAGCUGUCAUUAAAGCAUGGGACAUAGCCUUAAGAACUAUGAAAGUUGGCGAGAUUGCAAAAAUAACAUGCAGGCCGGAAUAUGCGUAUGGAAGUCCAGGCUCGCCACCAGAGAUACCAGCCAAUGCAACACUCAUUUUUGAGGUGGAAUUAGUGGCUUGCAAGCCAAGGAAAGGUUCAAGUCUGGGCAGUGUAUCUGAUGAGAAAGCCAGGCUAGAGGAGCUUAAGAAACAGCGGGAGCUGGCAGCUGCCACCAAAGAGGAAGAGAAGAAGAAGAGGGAGGAGGCAAAGGCCGCGGCAGCGGCUCGUGUGCAAGCCAAACUUGACGCCAAGAAGGGCAAGGGAAAAGGAAAGGGCAAAUAG